AAAGUCAUYGUGCAGUUCAGUGUUAAGACCCUGCUUUGCAAAGGGGCAGCAGAAAGCCCUGCCUUGACGUGGGAUGCACUUUAUACAGGGGGAUGCUUGUCCCUGCUCCCAUGCUGGAUUCUAACCGUGCGAGCUCAAUACGUCUUUCCUCAGCUCGUGAGCUAGAAACGAAGUAAAGCAAUGAGGAGAUUUGUUUACUGCAAGGUGGUUCUGGCCACUUCUCUCCUGUGGGUGCUUGUGGACGUCUUUUUACUCCUGUACUUCAGUGAAUGUAAUAAAUGUGAUGACAAGAAAGAGAGGUCUCUGCUGCCGGCUCUAAGGGCAGUCAUUUCUCGCAACCCAGAAGGGCCUGGCGAGAUGGGCAAGGCCGUCCUCAUUCCCAAGGACGACCAGGAGAAAAUGAAAGAGCUCUUCAAAAUCAACCAGUUCAAUCUGAUGGCGAGCGACAUGAUUGCCCUCAACCGGAGCCUGCCCGACGUGCGCCUGGAYGGGUGCAAGACGAAGGUGUACGCCGACGACCUCCCCAACACGAGCGUGGUGAUCGUGUUCCACAACGAGGCGUGGAGCACUCUGCUUCGCACCAUUUACAGCGUCAUCAACCGCUCGCCCCGCCGCCUGCUCGCCGAAAUCAUCCUGGUGGACGACGCCAGCGAGCGGGAUUUUCUGAAGGCCUCGCUGGAGAACUAYGUGAAGACCUUGGACGUGCCGAUAAAAAUCAUCCGGAUGGAGCAGAGGUCGGGGCUGAUCCGCGCGCGGCUGCGGGGUGCCGCGGCCUCCCGGGGCCAGGUCAUCACCUUCCUGGACGCGCACUGCGAGUGCACGGUGGGCUGGCUGGAGCCACUGCUGGCCAGGAUCCGCGAGGAGCGGAAAACUGUUGUCUGCCCCAUCAUUGACGUGAUCAGUGAUGACACGUUUGAAUACAUGGCUGGGUCCGACAUGACCUAUGGAGGCUUUAACUGGAAACUAAACUUCCGCUGGUAUCCCGUUCCCCAGAGAGAGAUGGACAGGAGGAAAGGAGACCGCACCUUGCCCGUGAGGACCCCUACUAUGGCUGGUGGCCUAUUUUCUAUUGACAGAAACUACUUUGAAGAGAUAGGAAGUUACGAUGCAGGAAUGGAUAUCUGGGGUGGCGAGAAUCUUGAAAUGUCUUUUAGGGUUUGGCAGUGCGGCGGCUCCCUCGAGAUCGUGACGUGCUCGCACGUGGGCCACGUGUUCCGCAAGGCGACGCCGUACACCUUCCCCGGCGGCACGGGCCACGUCAUCAACAAGAACAACCGCAGGCUCGCCGAGGUCUGGAUGGACGAGUUUAAAGACUUCUUCUAUAUAAUAUCCCCAGGUGUUGUUAAAGUGGAUUAUGGUGAUGUGUCGGUGAGGAAAGCACUAAGGGAGACUCUGCAGUGCAAACCCUUCUCCUGGUACCUGGAAAACAUCUACCCUGACUCCCAGAUUCCCAGGCGCUAUUACUCACUUGGCGAGAUCCGAAAUGUUGAGACCAACCAGUGCUUGGACAACAUGGGCCGCAAGGAGAAUGAAAAAGUGGGCAUCUUCAAUUGCCAUGGCAUGGGAGGAAAUCAGGUAUUUUCUUACACCGCUGACAAGGAGAUCCGCACGGACGAUCUGUGCUUGGACGUGUCGAGGCUCAACGGCCCCGUGAUCAUGCUGAAGUGCCACCACCUGCGGGGGAACCAGCUCUGGGAGUACGACGCCGAGUCGUGCCUGACGGUGAGCAGCGUGGAGGACGGCAGCCGCGGCCCCACCGUGGAGGCGUGCAGCGGCCACGCCGUGCAGGCCUGGGCACUGCGCAACUACUCGCGCCUCGAGGUCCUGAGGAACGUCUUCCGCAGCCCCACGGACUACGUGCUGUAGCGGGCUGCCCGCGAGGUUGGUAUCCCCCGCGGAGCGCGUGUCCGUGAAGCCCCUGGGUCUGCUGCCCAGGUGCAGGGUCCGUGGAGGAUGAGCACGGCAGCGCGUGCAGACAGCAGAACUCAGUAAUAGUCGU